AGAAGGCUAUUUGGCCCCAACAGAAUAUGCGACAAGUUUGUAUUAAACUCAUUUACACAAAAAUGGAAUUAAGACAAGUUAGCUCCUAAAAUUAUCUAUAUGUACAGAUAUGUUUAUUGCACUUAUUAGUAAAUAAACUGAUUAGUUGCGUAAUGAGUUUAAAUUUUAGCCAUUUUUUAAAGUUGAUAAUCAUAACGUACUUAAUUAAACAUGCGUGAUGUAAUUUGCAUAGCUAAAUUAAAUGCUCUUUUACUUUAGUUACUGCGCUAAGUGUUGCGCAGUUUGGUUUGUGCGCAGUUUUUCUUCUGUUCUGGAAUUUUGAGAUUGGAAUUUCCAGACUUAUUUUAAAAAGCGCGUUUUCGUUAUAAAUUUUUUUAUAACGAAAAAUCUAAUCAUACCUAUCAAGUAGGUCAUAUUCAGUAUAAUCAAUUCAAUCGUUUUCAUUUUUUAUGUUUUAACAUGUCUAUUACCUUUAUUAAAUUUGUUUUUAAGCAUAUUUGUUUUUAUUUUUUAUAUCGAAUUAAUAGAAUGAAUCAGAUUGAAGAUGAAAUUGCUGAAUUACUAAGAAAUGAUGACAAUAUUGAAGCAAACGUUGGUGAUAAUAUUGGAACAAUGUCAGGUGGAAGUAUAGCUGGUAGGACUGUGUUUUAUAUUUUAUAUAUUUUGUAUGGAGAAAUAUAUGCAAUAGCAUCUUCUGUUUCGAAUGAAAAUGAUUCCUUAUCAUUUGAACAAUACCAAAAUUAUCGCUCCCAAUACCCGGGACCUCUCUCAGAGAGGUCCUUCAAUAAAUGGAAACGUAAUGGCGGUAUGGAUGAGCCCUCCUUUAAAUGGAGGGCUCAUCCAUACCGGGGUGUUGGGAGACACCGAAGAAAAAACAGCAACCAAAAGGUUGUAAAUGUCUUCUAUCAGUAGAGAUAUUUAUGACUUU